AUGACCGAGAGUUAUCAGAGCACAUUAUACUCGGAGUUAUUCAAUGAUAGUAUUGAUAAUGAUGAUGAUUUUUACAAAUCCAUAUUUGUUACCCCGAUAGCAAAAGAGUUAUUAGAAACGGUAUUAAACACAAACACGGAGGCUAUAGUGUUGACAUCUGAAGUAUCCGAUAAAAAUUUAUUGAUUUUAAACAGAAUUUAUUUUUGUGGAUUGAAAGUUCUUGCUGAAGCAACUAAUUAUGAUACCUUGGGUAGAACUAAAAUGUCCAACAAAGAAGACAAGUCUAUAGGGGGGGUUUCGAAACAAGAUCAGACCGCAUCAUUUGAAAAACUAGUUGAUGAUGAAAGUGGGGAUAUUACUGAACUAAGUGGGAAUAUACUGAAGAGUAACAGCAAACAAACAUUGAAUGAAUUUGACGAUGGUGAUGAUUUAACAACUUUAAACGGAGGAAAACAAGGUUCGCAGGACCUGUUAAAUAACAACACAGGUCUCCCAUCAAAAGUUGAAAAUGAGUUUAGUAAUCUAAGUGAGAAAGAUAGAAUUGAUCUAAUUGGGAAUGCUUUAAGGAUAUUUCAAGUUUGGUUCCAGAAUUUAAUUGAUGUGGAUAUCAAACUUGAGGUAUCUCAGAGAUCACCCGGUUUUCAAUUGAAAUUAAGAGUAUUUGAAUCAUGUGACAAGAAUAGUAACGGGUCUUUUUUAAUUGAAUUAUUCACUAUAUUGAAAUCCUUUUUGGCCACUGCCAUUAAACAGAUAGAGGAAGCAGGUCUGGAAACGAAAUUCAUCAGCUUAGUUGCAAUUAAAGAAUGCAUGAUUUUACUAAAGAAAAUUUUUACAUUGACUUUUUUGGAUCUUGAUAUGUAUAAAUCGGGUACCAAAGAGUUUAAAUCGUUGGCAAAAUUGUUGCUGACAUUCUUUGAAGUUGACUUUGCUGAUGAAUUUUGGAAACUUAUAGAACUUACAAGUCCAACGUUGGAAGAGAGUGACUAUAAACCAGCAAAAAUUGUGCUAUCACUUGAGACCAUGUCAGUUUUCUAUUUGCUAAUGGGGGUCUUGGCAAAUACUCCGUCGUCAUUGUUUUCGGAAGGGAAGCACAAUGCUGAUAUAAGUACGUUUUCAAUGGAAAUGAGAAACCCAUAUAGAAGUUAUUUUUCUCAGGAUUUCAAGUGGGAUGUUUUUAAUCAGCAAGUGAACCUGAAAUUGAUACCCUUGUUUUGUGUGGAAUUCAAUUACUGUUAUAGCUUUCGUCCCGAUUUAUUGUUGGAACAGAUCCAAAAUAGUUCGCUUAUUAACUGGAUAAGUGGGAAUCGAUUGAGUUCUGAUAUAUAUGUUAACUGCUUAACAUCUCAAACCAUUACAAAUUUGGAAGUAAACAAAAAGUUAAGUGUGGUAGGCUCUGACCAUGACUUGUAUUGUCAAGAGUUGAAUAAAAUGUAUAAUUCAAAAAUUCAAAAACUACAAACUAAACAAUCUAAUGAGGAGAUGAGUUUAGACUUGUCCAAGCUUUUCCCCGUAUUUCUUCACAUGUACACAUUCGCUCAGAAUCCAUCUUUUUGCAGUAUUCUUACUACCCAGCAAUACCAUUUUUAUGAUAAAAUUGAUGAUCGAACAGAUGAUGAAUUGAAUAAUGUGGAACUUUUUGAAGUAUGGAUAUGUUUAUUGUCGUAUGUUUUUGAAUACCAAUACCGGUCAACUUUGAUGCAAGAUUUAACCCAACUUUCAUUAUCAACACUAUUAACUUUACCUGUGAACAAUUUAGUGAAUUAUCAGAUCAAUGAAUAUAAAUGGAAAUUGUGUCAUCAGAAGACGCCAUUUGUACCACUUGAUUUUGGUGCCAAGGGAUACAAGCCAAGUAUUUUUUACAUCUUAGAUACUGUGCAAAACUUACUAAGGUUCAAUCUAACGAAUAGACUCCAUGUUCUGAAUCUUUCCAUGGGAUUGAAUUUGAUUUAUAAUAUUUUGGAACACUUGAGAGCAGAUGUUGAUAUCGAAUUGGACAAAUAUUCGUGGGACAACCUUUUUUUGAGCUUGUUUGGAUUGAUCAAGUUUGUUAAAAAGCAAAACCAAUUGAUAUUGAAAUACAUUAACCAUCAAGAUCUAGGUUCUUUAACUGAAGAAUGUUUGUUGAUUUUGAAUUUGUUGCUCGACGUUAGAUUUGCUUCAGUGAAGCAAGUUAUUGUUCAAGAAAAAUCGAGUUUUAUCGGCUUAUUUGAUUCUAAUGAAACCAGAUCCAUAAACUACACGUUGAUUUAUAACAUUUUAUUGAAUUUUGAAAUUAUUCAGGCAUUACUAAAUGAAUUUGGAUUAUCUGAAAACGAAAACUUAACAAAUUUAUUUCAUUGUAUGGACCAUUUUGACAAACUAUUUUAUUUGACUGAAGAUUCGAAAAAGGAAAGACUCUACAAAAGGACUGAUGUACUUGAUUUUGAUUUUGAUUCCCCUGAGUUGGUUGCUGCAAUUAACUUAUUCACUAACGCAAAGAAUGGUAUUCUGGUUGAAAAAUCACCAGAGGGAACGCAAUCGUCAUACACAUAUCAUUAUAGUCAAACAUUGAAAUAUACCUUGAAGCUGAAACAAAAAGUUGUGUUGGAUAAUCAAUCUAUGUUUAGCCUUAUCCACCGGACCUUCUUUUCAGAAUGA